UAUGACAACUUGGAGAGCAUUAAUCUCACCAUCUAAUAAUGUGUCUUUAUUAGAAUCGAAUAAGGAGUCGAUAGACAAUAGAAUUCACACUCAACCUAAAGGAAGACAUACUAAAACUAUUACUUAGAGUACAAAUAUUUCACAUCAGAAACCAACUAUUAAAAGAUUACAUUCAAAAUCUAUAGAUAUUGAUUAAGCAUUUAUCAAAUCAUCAUCAGAUAAUUUAUUAGAUGUAUUUAAAUUAAUUAUUUAAAGGAAAUUAAUGUUAUAGAUGAGAAAUCUCAAUUUGAUUAGAUAAAAGAAAUGUUGAUAAGUAAUUCGAUUAAAUUGAAAAAAUUACAUGAAGA